CGAGCCCAGCCAAGAGGAGCCGAGCCGCGGCUUUCGGCGCCCUCCGAGCCGCCACAGCCCCGGGCACAGACACCUCGCGCGGUGCCUCCCGGCCCGGCCCGGCUCGGAUGUCGCCAUGGGGAGCCGCUUCUCCAGCAUCCCCGCGCUGCCCCGCGGCGGCCAGGGCCGCCUGCACCGCGCCCGCCACCACCGCCUCAAAGAUUCCAUUGGUGGGUCGUUUUCAGCUUCCUCCCACCGAUGCCACCACAAGCAGAAGCACUGUCUCCCCAUCCCACAGUGUGGAACUCUGUCCAUCAGCCCUCUGCUUUUCCAUCCUCACACGAAGGGAUCCCAGAUCAUCAUGGACACAACCCAGAAGGCAGUGAAGCGCCAGGCUAGCUUCUGCAAUGCCAUCACCUUCAGCAACAGGCCCAUUGUUAUCUAUGAACAAGUCAGGCUUAAGAUCACCAAAAAGCAGUGCUGCUGGAGCGGGGCCCUUCGGCUGGGCUUCACUUCCAAGGAUCCAUCGAGGAUUAACCCCGACACUCUGCCAAAGUACGCCUGCCCCGACUUGGUUUCCCAGAGCGGCUUUUGGGCCAAGGCUCUGCCGGAGGAGUUUGCAAACGAGGGGAACAUCAUUGCCUUCUGGGUGGACAAGAAGGGACGGGUGUUCUACAGGGUGAAUGACUCCCCUGCCAUGCUCUUCUUCAGCGGCGUGAGGACGGCAGAGCCCCUCUGGGCCUUGAUCGACGUCUACGGGCUCACCCGGGGAGUGCAGCUCUUAGACAGUGAAAUCAUCCCUCCCGACUGCCUGCGGCCCCGCUCCUUCACGGCCAUCCGCCGGCCCUCGCUGCGGCGGGACACGGAGGACACGCGCCUCUCGGUCAGCCUGUGCGACCUCAACCUGCAGGAGGACGCCUUCCACGUGACGGCCACCACCUGCCCCAUCCCGCAGAACUCCCUCAACUCCCAGCACUCCCACCUGCUCCCCUCCCAGCUGGAGAGCGACCUCCGCUUCCACCUCCUCCGGGGACCCCACGUCAAAAUCCUGGAUGACCAGACCGUGGCCCGCCUGGAGCACGCCCGGGAGGAGAGGACUUUGGUGUUCACCAGCAGACCCCUUCGGAUCAACGAAACCAUUUUUGUCAAAAUCAACAAGUCCAACGCUGUGCGCACAGGGACGCUCUCCUACGGGGUGACGUCCUGCGACCCCGGCACCCUGCGCCCCAGCGACCUCCCCUACAACCCCGAAUCCCUGGUCGACCGAAAGGAGUUCUGGGCCAUCUGCCGAGUGCUGGUGCCCCUCCAGAGCGGAGACAUCCUGGGAUUUAUGGUGAAUUCCGAUGGUGAGCUGCACUUGAGCCACAACGGGGCUGGCAUUGGCAUGCAGGUGUGCGCGGACUGUUCCCAGCCCCUCUGGAUGUUCUUCGUUUUACACGGCGCCAUCAUGCAGAUUCGAUUGCUGGGUUCCACCACCCUAGCAGAGCGGCUGGGACUGUCGGCACCGAGCUCGCCCUCUUCCACACCCAACUCCCCCACCGUCCUCUGCAGUGGUGUCUCUGGCCCCUUACUGUCUACGUGUGGCUCUGGCCCCCUCUGCAGCUCUAUCAGUGGCACAGGUCCCAACUCUCCAAGCAGCUUGCCUGAGUCACCCAUCUCCCCGUCCAUCUCAGGGCCCUGGGUAGAUGAAUGCACCAUCUGCUAUGAGAACGUGGUAGACACAGUCAUUUACUCCUGUGGACACAUGUGUCUCUGCUAUUCAUGUGGGCUGAAGCUCAAGAAGAUGGCCAAUGCCUGCUGCCCCAUUUGCAGACGAGCCAUCAAAGAUAUCAUCAAAACAUACCGUAGCACUUAGAGCAGCAGCAGAUGCCGUGGUGGGGACUGGGCACGUGGGGAGGAGGCUGUGAGACAACACUGGCCUUGGUCUUUAUUCAUCACCCAGGAGAUUCAAAACUCAUCAGCCACCACCAUCCUGACCUCCUCUUCCAUGGACAACAGAUGAGACAAGCUUAGAUGCUGCUCUUCUACCACCCAAGCAAGCCCUGGGGCUGAACUCCAGUGUCAGGGAAGUUGCCAUGGACUACUCUCCCUUGUGGAUUUUAAACUUUAUCUCAAAAAAUGCCAGCUGGUGCAAUCAUCCCUUUCUACACCAUGCACAGCAGAGUGGAGUUUCCACUCUUUAACAUAGACAGCAAGUGGUAAAAGGUUCAGUGCUACACAUCUCCUUCCAGAGGCACCCCACACGCAGAUUCAGCUUAGCAGAAGAGAUGAGCAAUGUGUUUCUGUGUACAACCAGCCUGACCAGAGGAGGCUCCUUAGAAAGGAUGGAGCAAGGCAAGCAUUGACCCAGCGAGGGAGGAGCAGUGAGUACACUCACAGCAGAGAGGCUGGGGCCAGUGCAGAAAAGAACCCAAGAUUUGUGAAGCAACACCCACCCCAUAUCUGCAGACAGAAGAGCAGACCCGUGGCAGCCCCUUGAGGGCUGUCCCCAACUCCUCCUCCAUUGCCAUUCUCUGACAGAGGCUUUCAUGGUGGUUUUGGCAACAAACACUGGCAACAGCUCUGCUCCUUCCCAGCAGCAUCAGCCACCUCCUGUCACCACCCUGUCACAUGAGGAGUGGCUCCCAAACCCCACCACCACCAGCCUGUGUGUGGUCCCCACGCAGCACGAGGGAUUCAGCAGCAUCUCUUCUCCCAUGGGCCUGUGGGAGGGGGAGACAUAGCUCCCUCACCUUUCUCCCCCUGCCAUCCAGACAGCACUUGUGAGGAAAAACCCCAGCCUCACGGGGGAAGAAUGUAUAAACCCACACAUCUGUGGGUUACCUUUACUGGUAACUUUAUCACUGUGCUUUAAGACAAAACCAGCCAGGUGGUACUCAGCUCUUCACAGCCACACCGGCAGGACAUGGCUGUCCUUAUGUGUUAGGAAGUAAGGAAUGAGAGAAAAAUAACUUGAGGGGUUUGGUUUGCUUUGGUUUAUUUAAACAAAUCUCCUUCUCUCCUGCCUGAGUCAGGAACCCGGCUGUGCCCAGCAGGGACAAUGGCGGCCCCCACGGUUGCCAUGCAAACAUCUGCCAUGGCCACAGGUGUGACCCCGGGCUGCUGGCCCUUGGGGCUGGGCUGUGUGGCUUGGCAGCAGCAGGAGCUGUCUGCCUCCCUUCCCAACCCAUCCUGCUGCCGUCCUGGGCUGCAGGGCCGAGACGGACUGUCUGGGUCCUGAGGGGGGUCAGGGCUAGGGUGCCAUGGCAGUGCAGUUUGCCCCCACCACGUCACCCACCUGGCCAGACCAGGGAAGGCCAUGGAGUCACAGCUUCCUGCUGAGCUUUUCCUUGCACCCGAGCAUUUGGCCAUUGAUGGGACACGGGGGAAGA